AUGUGCAUCAACCUCCGCAAGAAACCCCUGAAUCCAGAAGCUCUAGAGUGGCGUCCUAAACCACAGCCGCUGAAGCACCACCAACCCCUCCUUCCACAUCUCAUGCUAUCGCCACGUUCUCCGCCGCCGCAGCAGGCGGCGAUGGUUGUGCACUUCAUGAUCACCCCAAUACCACCCCACUACCACCACCACCACCCAUAUUUUGUCGUUGUCCACCCACACCACCACGUACUGUACGACAAAUCUUUUCCGGCGGCGGCGGAACCCAUUUGCGGCGAUGAAACAAUGUCUGUUUACUGUGACGAGAAGGAGGUGGAGGAUAUUCCGACCCGGAUCCGGAAAUGCAAACGAAUAUUCCCUAGGGUUUUACGUCUACCCCCUCGUUUACGCAGAGGCGAUUUAACACGUGAUGUUCGCCGCCUGGAUGAAAGAAAGCCCUCUCCUAAACAAGAAUGGAGGCCCAGGAGGAACAAAGAUUCCAGCAGCCGCGGCGGCGCCACCCUUCUCCGGCAGCCGCCUUCUCCGGCGCCGUUGGCUGGUGAUGGGUUUUCCCGUUCAUCACAAACAACUGUUAUGAUGAAGAACAUUCCUAACCAUUUGAGGAGAGAAUUCAUGUUGGAAUUUCUGGAUGAGUAUUGCAAGGAAUACUCUCUCGAGUACGAUUUUCUGUAUCUACCAAUGGAUUUUAGGUAA